AUGGCCAGAGCUCCAUUGUUCUCUCUCAUAAUCCUCCUCUCCUUAGCCAUUUCCCUCCCAACAAACUCCAAGAGAGAGAUGCGGCGGAGUUCAGAGCGGCUAACUCACCUUCACUUGUACUCAUACGAAGCCGCCCGUGGAGACGCGACGGCCGUGGUGGUUGCGCAGGCCGCCACCACCAACACCUACCGAUACAGGCUCGGCGAGGUGGUGGUCAUCGAUAAUCGCUUGGCGGAGGGGCCGAACCUGAGCUCGAGGGCGGUGGGGCGAUCUCAGGGGAUGUACGCUGCGGUCGAUGUGAGCAACUCGGCGUUCUUAUCGGUGUUUAAUUUAGUCUUCACCGAGGGGGAGUUCAAAGGCAGCACGCUGAGCAUGAUGGGGAGAUACGACGCGCAGUCGGGUGAGAGGGAGUUUCCGAUCGUCGGAGGCAACGGCGUUUUCCGGUCUGCGCGGGGGUAUGCUCGGAUGAGGACAUAUUCGGAUGAUAUGGAAACGGGGAUUUCUGUGGAUGAGUAUCAUGUCUAUGUCAUCCAUUCUUGA